GACAGGAACACCCAAGCCGUCUUCUCUUUCCCAGGGAAAAUGAUUUCUCCUGGACUGGAGAUGAGUUUAAGCCGUGUUUUCUUUGGCCAGCUGUGGGGAAAGCAGCCCCCUCAGGAUCCCUGGUGAAGGAGGAGCCAGCGGCAGGCCAGCCGGCCAGGAGGAAACUGAGGCCCAGAGAGAGUAUUCACCCAAGGAGUAAAUGGCAGAGUCAGCAUCCUCUUGGCUUUAAACCCCAGUCUCUUUCUAUGAUAUCACAUUACUGCCAAUAGACUUUGUGAGAACCUUGUCUGUACCUAGUGCCUGACUCUGGGUUGGACUGUAUAAUGAAAAGAGCAAUCUGAGCCAGAACAAGCUUCUCUAUGUAAUGGGCAGCAGCCGCCGAGUUUCUGAGGGACAAUGAAUUGGGGAGUCUUCGAGGGACUGUUGAGCGGUGUCAACAAAUACUCCACAGCUUUCGGCCGCAUCUGGCUCUCUCUGGUCUUCAUUUUCCGCGUGCUGGUCUACCUGGUGACCGCUGAGAAGGUGUGGAGCGAUGACCACAAGGACUUCGACUGCAACACGCGCCAGCCGGGCUGCUCCAACGUCUGCUACGACAACUUCUUCCCCGUCUCCCACGUCCGGCUGUGGGCCCUGCAGCUCAUCCUGGUCACAUGCCCCUCGCUGCUAGUGGUCAUGCAUGUGGCCUACCGGGAGGCCCGGGAGCGGAGACACCUGGAGCAGGUGGGCGCAGGUGGCUGGCGCCUCUACCCAAACCCGGGCAAGAAGCGCGGAGGGCUCUGGUGGACUUAUGUCUGCAGUUUGGUCUUCAAGGCUGCGGUCGACUCCGCAUUCCUCUACGUGUUCUACCGCUUCUACCGGAACUACAUGCUCCCGCGUGUGGUCCUUUGCAGCGAGGACCCCUGCCCCCACACCGUGGACUGCUUCAUCUCCAAGCCCACGGAGAAGAACAUUUUCACACUUUUUAUGGUGACUACCGCUAUCAUCUGUAUCUUGCUUAACUUGUUAGAACUAGGUUACUUGAUCAGCAAGAGAUGCUGGGAAUGCCGGGGGGGCGGGAGAAGAGAUACCAAGAAGGACUUACUGACCGGGGGUGACCUCAUCUUCCUGGGCACAGAUGCCACGCCAGCCCUUCUGCCCUUUUCUUCUGAUUCCCCGCGAGACCAGGUGAAGAAAACCCUGGUAUAAAGAACUGCCUGGUGGGCAUUCUGCAGCAGCACUGGGCACAAAAUUAAAAGGGCACAGCGCUGAGUGAAGACCAAGGACCAGACUGGUGUACCGCCAAAAUGCCCCACUUGGGGGCCAUAAAUAUCUCUGGGAGAGACCCUCACUGGUUCAUCUGGUUCUAGAAAUGCCAGUGUCUCCGGCAAAAGGAGGCAUCGGAUGGGGGGAAGGAUGGGUAGACUGGGCAAUGGUGAAGUUCCCCUCAGGAAGUCCUUUCUGGGAGUCAAGCCUCCAUCCUCACUGCCCCAGUCCAUUACAGGGUUAACCCAUAGGGUUACAGCCAAAGAAAAAUCGAACAGUUGGGCCCACUUUGUCUGCCAUUAUACCAUUAUGACACGGCACCAUCAAGAGCUUUCACAGCCUUCACAGUCAGACAUUCCCGAGGAACAGAGUCCCACCAAAGCUCCCCCAGCUUAUUCCCAGAAGGGGGAAGUCGGGCUCGAAUCCCGUCACACUCCAGCUGGAGCCAAUCAAUCCUUUCCGCCUCCCAAAAUUCCUUCUCUUCAGCAGAGCGCAGAUGUCUCUGUGCCCUGCCCUCUCCACCCCCAAGCUUCACCGGUCCCAACGACAGUUAGUGCUCUGUCCGACCCCGCAGGUGCUGGCUGUUCUAGUGAAUCAUUGAAUUAUCGGAGCCGGAAGGGCCCACAAAGAUAAAGGAGCCCAACCCAAGUCUAUAACGCUUCUCCUGUCCUUCCCCCACCCCUACAUCAACCCCACAUAUUUUUAUAAGCCUGAUUAGGAGAUAUAUUGGGAAGAUGGACCCUCUCAGAGCUGCGGUGCCCCAAGGUUCCUCAGUUUCUCAGUUUCCUUGUGAUGAGCUCUCUGAUUCUUCUCUUUGCUAAUAAUACUGCUUGAAUUUGAAACUCUAAGGGGAAAAAAUGCUUUAAAAAUGUUUACAUGUAAUUGAUAAAAAUAAAAUUAAAAUUAAACGUUAAAAAAUAAAA